AUGUCGCACAGGUAUUUUCUGCUAAAUGAAGGUCACUCAAACAAACGUCGAUUUUUCGACAAACUCAUCAUUCUGACAGAUAUAACUUUCGUUAGCGGCUUAAUUUUCACGAUGAUUGCAAGAGAAGGAAAUGAAGGCAAAAAGGUCUUGCCUGUUUUCAAAGCAUUCCAUGAUUGUGUUCGUCCAAAAUUGACACAUCUCAAAGGAAAUUAUGAGCAGUUUUGGCACUUAUUCACAACACUAACUGAGGAAUGCGAUUACUUGGAAGCGUACAAGGCUUUGGAUAUCCGAACAGCCGAAAAUCAAGAUGAGACAAAGUAUGUAGCAUUCCCACACCGGCUCUACCACAAUAUUGAAUUCUUUGGUGCCGGUCCAGCAUCCGAUAUUAACAAAGAUCUCUAUGUCAAUACUUUAGGAGGCGAAUAUUUUCAAUACGCGGUCAGUGGGACAAAUGGAAUGCAAAAGUCGAGAGUUUAUGAAAGUUUACCCAAACAUAGCUGA